AGCAUUGCCACUCACCACUCCCACAAAUCCACACCAAUCCCUCCUCCUCCGCCACCACCGCCGCCGCCAUUAGCACUUCCACUGCCAUAUUGCAACAGAAACAAAAAGGAUCACAUAUUCUCCAGCAGCAGCCACAGCCAUGGCCAACGUGAUCAUGGCCUCCUCCAAAACCCUUAUCCCCUCUGCCUCCUCCGCCUCUCCAAAACCCAGACUCCCUCUCCCCCAAAUAACCCUCCCCAAAUUCCCCAAAUCCCAUCUCAAUCCCACUUCCCUCAAGUCAAUCGCCGCCGUCGUCGCCGCCUCGCUCGCGGCAGCGCCGCCCUCCCUGGCCGAGGAGUUUGAGAAGGCCUCCCUCUUCGACUUCAACCUCACCCUCCCCAUCAUCAUGGCCGAGUUCCUGCUCCUCAUGUUCGCCCUCGACAAAAUCUACUACUCCCCCCUCGGCAAGUUCAUGGACGAGCGCGAUGCCGCCAUCCGCGAGAAGCUCAGCAGCGUCAAGGAUACAUCCGGGGAGGUCAAGCAGCUCGAGGAGCAGGCCACCGCCGUCAUGCGGGCCGCCCGGGCUGAGAUCUCGGCGGCGCUGAACAAGAUGAAGAAGGAGACCCAAGCCGAGGUGGAGCAGAAGCUGGCCGAGGGCCGGAAGAAGGUUGAGGCGGAGCUGCAGGAGGCCCUGGGCAACUUGGAGAAGCAGAAGGAUCAGACCAUCAAGGCUCUGGACUCUCAGAUUGCUGCUCUCAGCGAUGAGAUUGUCAAGAAGGUUCUUCCUCUCUGAAUCUGUUUCAUUUUUGUUUCUUGUUAUUAGACCCAACAAGAACUAGGAAAGAAAGAAACAACAAAAGAUGGGCUGUAAGUUGUUUCCUUGAAUUGCAUUGUUGUGUAAUCAAGAUUACCAUAUAAUUGUGAAAUACUUUUAUGCUGCC